AUGAACAGAGAUGAGAGAAUACUAUACCGACAAAGAGGUUCCAAUUUAAGAAGGACGAUAGAUGAGGAUAAUGUAUUAGUGAUCCGAACGCCUAUGAAACUGACAGACACUCCCGAUGAUAUACCUACAGGCAGCAUACAUCGGGACAAUUCUACUGGUGAACCUACAAUGAAACGUCCCCGUAGUGAUUCAAUACCCAUGAUGAUGAUGGAUCCCAUGGAUAUGCCGCCACAAGAAAUAGAGGAACAAUUACCACUAAUUGAGGACUACAAUCAUCAGCAACAAAAUAAUAAUGAAUUUCAUAUAAAUUUAACUAAUGAUAACAUUGGACAAACCAUGGCAACGUCACGAUUAGCUCCAAGAAGUAAAUUUCAACGAAAUAUAAUUAAUAAUAAGAGAACGUCAUUAAAUAAUGGAGAUGAUAAACGAUUAAUUAUAUCUGAUCAAACUCUAAAGGGAAUCGAUACGUUACAAAGCUUAAUUCAAUUUUUAUUUCGAGAUAAUUUAAUGAAGAAAGCACGUUCAGAUUUUGAGAAAGAUGAGUAUAAUGAAGUUCGUCGAAUGAUGUAUAAACUAGAUCUUAAAAUAUUCGAUAAGAUAUUGAAUGGUAUGAAUAACGAUUUAAGUGAUAUUAAAGAUAUUAAUUCUGCAAAUAAUCAAUUAAUCAAUGAACUAAGACGUGCUAAGAGACGUAAAGAGAAUUUAAAUUUAGAAUUAAUUAAGAUUAAGACUCAAAUCACUGAAAUAAUGACAAAUGAAGAGUAUUGGCUAAAAAAUAAACAAGAACAAAUAAAACUUAAUGAAAGAUUGCAAUUAAAUAAAGACCUAAAGCAACUUUCCGAAAACCUUCAAACCAAACCAUCAAAACUUCACACAAAAUUGCCUUCUCACGAUAAAUUAGAUACCGUGAUCAAGUUAUUAGAUCCGCAACAAGGUAUACUUCCAAGACUCGAAGAAAUAAACGACAGGUUAAGAGAACAACUUAAAUAA